UAAGUGCGCAGGUGGACGAAUCUUCACGUCCUUGCUUUGCUCUUGCGUCACCUAAACGUCAUCGCUCAAACGUAAACAAGGAAGUAAUGCACUGUGAAAGAGCUGAGCGCUCCAGUCUUCUGAAGCAGGCAUUGUCAGUCUACACUGUCUUUGUGUUUUUACUAAUAUUCAUUUAUGUAAUUACGCGUUACAUUUGUAAUCCUACACAUCAUAAGUAUUCACCUAUAAUGGCAUCACCUGUGGAUGUUAUCGUGGUUGGAGCUGGUAACAGAGGGACAAACUAUUCUGACUAUGCUGUGAUUUAUCCUAACCGCAUGCGGGUAGUUGGAAUUGCUGAUCCAAAAGAUUUCGCUCGAAAGAAACUGCAGCUGCGACACAAAGUAUCCGAUGAAAACUCAUAUGAUGAUUGGCGUUGUAUAGCAAAGAGAGAGAAGUUUGCUGAUGCUGUUUUGAUCUGCACUCCUGAUCGCCUUCACAAGGACCCUGCUGUGGCUUUAGCUAAGAAAGGCUACCACAUAUUGCUGGAGAAACCAAUGGCUGUUAUUGAGGAAGACUGUUCUGAGAUUGUUUAGACCUGCAUUCAGAGUGGUGUCAUGCUCGCAGUGUGCCAUGUUCUCCAAUACGAUCCUGUCAUCCACAAAAUAAAAGUGCUCAUUGACAGCGGAGCGAUAGGAGAUGUUAUCCACAUUCAACAUUUGGAACCGGUGGGUUUCUAUCAUUUUGCUCACUCCUUCGUCAGAGGAAACUGGAGAAACAAGGCAGAAAGCUCUUUUGCUCUGUUAGCCAAGUCUUGCCAUGAUUUGGAUCUGAUUAACCAUUGGGUUGGGGGACGAAGGUGUAUCAAAAUUUCAUCCUUUGGGUCCCUUAGCCACUUCAGAAAAGAGAACAAGCCAGCUGGGGCUGCAAAUCGUUGUUUAGACUGUCCUAUAGAAGAGGAAUGUGCAUACUCUGCAAAAAAAAUCUACUUGGAUCGAGUGAAAAAAGGGAUUGUUGGCUGGCCAGUCUCAGUGAUUUGUUCCAACUCAAUUCCUGAUAUUGAAUCUGUAACUGAAGCUCUCAGAACAGGACCUUAUGGCCGCUGCGUCUAUGAAUGUGAUAAUGAUGUGUGCUCAAAUCAGGUGGUAAACAUGGAAUUUGAAGGUGGUUUGACUGCUGCUUUUACCAUGGUAGCGUUUACAGAAGAAAUAUGUCUACGCAGAACAAGCAUCUAUGGUAGUAAGGGGGAACUGACAUAUGAUGGACAUGAAAUCAAAGUGUUUGACUUCCUCACUAAUAAGAUCACAAAGCACACAGCAGACAUGGAAGUGCCUGGUGAUUUUGGUAAAGGAGGUCACGGGGUUGCGGAUUAUCACCUUAUCAACUCGUUCACUGCAGCUGUCAUGCAUAAGGAUCCAACUAUGAUUCGGUCAGGUCCUAUGGAGACACUAGCAAGUCAUAGACUGGUGUUUGCGGCUGAGCGUGCCCGUUUGGAAAACAGAGUUGUGAUCUGUGAUGAGCAGAAGAGCUGAUUAAUGUAUAUAAAACACUAAAUAUGAAAUAUAUUUCAUAAUCCUCUUCAUAAUCAAAUUAGUCUGUUUGUGAUGUAUAUUCUCUUGUGAUUUAUUUUUUUUUUUUAAUGAACCAGUGAAGGAAAAUAGGCUUUAUUUUCAAUAUAUUCAUGUUUGUUUUAUUGAAAAAUCUAAAUAAUUAUAAUAACACUGAACUGAAUCAUAUUUCUCAUGUUUAAUGUAACCGAUAGUUAAAUGUAUCCUUAAAUAAAUGAUCCAGAUUUAUUCAUUUGAACCACUGACAUGCUGACAUGAACCACUGACAUGCCUAGUAAUUGUUUACUAUUUUUAUCAAAAUAACUAGUUAUGAGAACAUUUAUAAAAGUUAAUAAUGCGGGGUUAUAAACUAACAAGAAUAAAAUAAUUACAUGUCUUAUCAUUUUGUACAAUAAGACUAAUUAGAAGUUUUUUAUUUGGUGCCGUCCACAAUUUGAGAAAAAUAUGUAUUUUACAUAAUCAAAGACAAAUAAAAUUCAGGUUUU